CAUCUCAGCCGCUUGACAUUGACAAGAAUGACGAGGAAGAAAGUGAAGAUGGCAUUCAUCACAAACGACUCCGCUCGAAAAGCGACUUUCAAGAAGCGCAAGAAGGGGCUUAUGAAGAAGGUGAGCGAGCUGAGCACCCUUUGUGGGAUCGACUCCUGCGCCAUCGUCUACAGCCCCUACGACUCCCACCCGGAGGUCUGGCCCGACGGCCGAGGCGCCCACCGCGUGCUGGCGCAGUUCAAACGCAUGCCGGAGAUGGAGCAGAGCAAGAAGAUGGUGAACCAAGAAUCGUUCAUCCGCCAUCGCAUCACCAAGGCGGCGGACCAGCUGAAGAAGCUCCACAAGGACAACCGGGAAAAGGAGAUCACUCAUCUCAUGUACCAGUGCUUGACUGGAAAAGAGCUGCAGGGGCUGGGCGUGGCGGAGCUAAAUGAUAUGGGUUGGUUGGUUGAUCAGAACUUGAAGGAGAUCUAUAAGAGGAUUGAGGGGCUGAAGAAGGCGGCGGGGGAAAGGGAUGGGGUGGAGGAGAAGCCGGCGGCAGUGGUGGAUGGGUCGAUGCAGAGGGCGGCGCUGCAGCAGCAGUGGUUUACGGAUGAGUGGAUGGGGAAUAUCAAUCCGAGUGAUAAUGAGCAGGGGGUGGGGGGUUCGUUUGCGCAUGGCGCUGGGGAUGAGAUAAUUAUGCAGUUUAAUGAUGGGAGUAAUCAUGCAGCAGCCAUGUGGUCUAAUGUCUUCUUCCCUUGAGAAUUAAUAUCUGUUUGGGGUUGCAUCAUUCUGAAUUCUAAACAUUCUCCUUUCCUUCUUUGCUGCUGCUUCUUCUUCUUCUUCUUUUUU